AUGGCUGCCGCCUCAGAUGAAUGGUCUGUCAAUGCCAACGAAGCCGUCCAUGUCUCAUUGGUUCAACCUGGCCCCGAUGGCCUUCAGACGCGCCAUGAUUUCCAUCCCGAGUUUACCUAUCCCAUUGUGGGAGAGGCAGAACAGAUUUUCGGCUACAAAGAUCUAAACCUCAAACUUCAGUUUGCUGCACACGACCUUCGCCCACAUGUUGAUAUCUCGUAUGCGAAGAAGUUUCCUGCAGUGGGCACCACGACUGCGCUCGAUCUGAACAAGACACUGAAACCUUUCCUGCCUCCCAUCGCAUUCGAGGCCAACUUCGACACUGAGCUCCUGCAAGAUAUCAAGGCCAAAGAUUGGAAACCACCCGGUUCGCAAAUCAAGACUUACAAGAGAGGAUCGGAGGUUUUCGAGAUAUGGGCCGGUUCUCUACUCGAUACACCUAUGCGAUCCCUCGUCGACAACAUCCAAAUUUUGGUUACCUUCUUUAUCGAAGGAGGCCAAUUCAUUAACCUUGAGGAUGUGGACUGGACUUUGGACCGAUGGCGAGUCUACCUCGUUUAUCACAAAUCAUCCAGUCCUCCAACUCCGAAUGCUUCUCCCUAUUCAUUCGUGGGCUAUGCGACAACUUAUCGAUUCUACAAAUUCCACGCCUCGAAGAACCGCCCAACUACAGAUGUCUUUUCCUUCCCACCCACCCAGAAUAUCACACCCAACAAGCUUUCAUCACGCCUGCGCAUAUCACAAUUCCUCAUCACACCCCCGUACCAGACUGCAGGACAUGGGUCAGCACUAUACCAGUCGAUAUAUAGUGAAGUCAUGUCUGAUCCAACGAUAGUGGAAAUGACGGUUGAAGAUCCCAGUGAGGAAUUUGACAAGCUUCGGGACAUGAAUGACUUUGAUGUUUUGGAACCUCAAUUCAAGGCAGCAGGGAUUCAAAUCAACGAUUCACCCUUUGCCUCCUCAGAUCGACGUCGAAUCGGUCGAGUACCAACAGCAACCCUGCUUCCACAGGACACACUUCAAGAAAUUCGAUUGAGAAACAAAAUGGCCAGCCGACAGUUUGCGCGCUUGGUUGAACUGUACCUGUUAGCUCAAAUACCAUACUCACGCCGUGCAUCGGGUGGAGCAUCGUUGACAACUUUGAAAUUGAAGGGAUCUCGAAAUCUCAAUGCAGACGACCGCAGAUAUUACUGGUGGCGUCUGUUGUUGAAGCAGCGGAUCAUGAAGAAGAACAAGGAUUUGCUUCAACAGGUCGCACUUGAGGAUCGAGUACCACAGAUUGAGGACAGCACCCGUGGACAAGAAGACGAGUAUGAAGGACUCUUGCUCACAUAUGCGUUGAGGAAGGAGAAACACGAGGAUCGUCUGGAAAAUGGAGAGUCUUCGGUGGUGCGGAAGAGGAAGGUGGUGGAUUCGGAUGAUGAUGAGUCGGACAAUGCCAGUGCGGGAUCUAAGAGACCGAAGAAUUGA